UGAAUGAAUCGUCACGCCGUGGCAACGGGUCUAUAUCUAUAUGACUAUCCAUAUACGCGCUCUCUAGUCUCUCCCUGCACGUUGAUCCAUCUCCAGCAGCAGCCGUGGUCCAAGAUCAUUCAGCGAUCGUCGCCGUCACCGGAGAUAACCGUACUACCCAUCAUCAGCAUCCCGGGGGCCAGAAGACCGUCGGCCAUGUCAUCUCUGAUCAGGUCGUUCGCGUCGCUCUACUGCCAGAAGCUCCGCUCCACCACCGUACUCGGACCCGCAGCGGCGCCACGUUUCCAGGCGGUCGACCGGGAGAGGUUCUCGGCGUCCAGCGGCGCGGCUGGCACGAGACCUGCGCCGGCUCUGCCGCGUCAGUAUCGAGAGCAACAGCGGACGCCUUUCUUCACCUGGGCGAGAUUGGCAAUUGGCUCAGUCCUUGCAGCCGCUACGCCACUCCUGCACUCGCGAUGGGCGUCGAUCCUGCGGAUUCAGAGUGAGGUGGAGAUGGUGAAAGAUGCGGCAGAGGGGGUGGUGGAGGUUGUCGAGGAGGCAGCCACCUUUGCGGAGAAGGUGUCGUCGGAGGUGGCCAAGCAGCUGCCCGAGGGCGGGAGGCUGAGGACCGCGGCCGUGCUCGUUGAGCACGCGUCCAAGGAAGUCGCCCAUGAGGCUCACCUUGCACAGGACAUCAUCCACAAGAUGGAUGAAAUUGAGGAGGACGUGAAGGCCAUCAUUGAGCCGAUUGUGGAUCACAGGAAGCAUUUUCAUGCAAAGGCAGCCCACAUCAGUAACAGCUCACAAAAGUAAAAGGGGGAACAGUUGAAUAUCCAUGUGUUGUCGAUGUUGCAUCAAUGUCAUUCUCAAAGAUGGGAAUAUAUUAAGAUUUUUAUUGCAGUGUA